UGUGAACGAAAUAAAUAAAUCCAUCUGAUCGAAGAAUUUACCCAUUUUCUUUCUUCUUCUUCUUCUUCUUCAAUACUUUGAAUGUUUCCGAAUAUCUCUCACUAGGAAUAGUAUCCUGGAGAUCCUAAUUUUAGUUACAGAGACCAUCAAGGAAACCCUAAUUUUCAAUGAAUUAAGGUGUUUCGAUCAUGGCAAUAUCAGCAUUAUUACCUACACAUCGAUAUGCAGCUGCAGCUUUACUCUCUCUUGCUUUACAUCAGGCGCAGAUUCAUCAGACUCGUCCAUUAGGUUCAUCUAAAGAUGAUGAUGAUGAUGGACAAAAUGAAGAACGUGUUAGCAGUAGUAGCAGUACAGAUUCAGUUUCGGAAGAUCCUUUGCUGUGGAUUCAUGAAAAUUUUGGUUUACUUCGACCAGUUUUCAGGAUUCUAGAGAUUGAUCCUACUGCUUGGCAUGGACUCGAAGAAACUGGUUUCUCAGCUUCCGCUAAGCAUCACAUUGGAGCUUUCAUAAGGUUACUCUCAGAAGAAGGUGGUGAAAAUUCGUCAGAAAGAUCAGAUCAAGAACUUGCUUUGACAAAAUCUGUUGAUGCUCUUGAGAUGAGCUUGGAAACUGCUCCUGCUUCUUUUGAGGCUGCAAUGGAAAACUAUCGGAAGCAAGAAAAUGACUUCUCAAAGAAUAGUUCCAGUCGUGAGAAGCAACCAGCACCUGAAGCAGGGAAUAUAGCAUCUGAAACCUUUCAGCAGUUGUGUUCUGAGACGUCCAUCAAAGAGGACACAUCUACUGAAUUUGACAGCAAUUUUACCGAGGAACCCGUGGAAGAAAUUACACUGCUUAGCUAUCACAGGAAAGUUGCUGUUCUGUAUGAGCUUCUCUCUGCUUGUUUAGCAAGUUCAAACGAAACCGACAAGAGGUCUUCUCAUAAACGAAAGGGCUAUGAUGCUCGGCAUCGUGUGGCUCUACGGUUGCUGGCAACAUGGCUUGACAUCAAGUGGAUAAAAGUGGAAGCUAUGGAGGUAAUGGUUGCUUCUUCCGCGAUGGCUCUCAUGAAGCAAGCGGAACCUGCUGAACAAGAAUCAAAAUCACCAAAAGGAAAAUGGGCAGCAUGGAAACGUGGAGGAAUAAUUGGCGCAGCUGCAAUAACUGGAGGAACCUUGUUGGCCAUUACUGGUGGGCUAGCCGCUCCAGCGAUCGCUGCGGGAUUUGGUGCUUUAGCACCAACAUUGGGCGCUAUUGUUCCUGUCAUUGGGGCAGGUGGAUUUGCUGCAGUAGCAGGUGCGGCAGGAUCAGUUGCUGGGUCUGUUGCUGUUGCUGCAUCAUUUGGAGCUGCUGGAGCUGGACUUUCAGGGGUCAAAAUGGCUAGGAGGACAGGAAGCGUUGAUGAAUUUGAAAUCAAACCUGUUGGAGACAAUCAUAAUCAAGGACGGUUAGCAGUUGGCAUUUUGGUUGCUGGAUUUGUUUUCGAGGAGGAAGAUUACAUAAAACCGUGGGAAGGAAAGGAUAACUUGGAGAGGUACGCGCUUCAGUGGGAGUCCAAAAAUUUGAUUGCAGUCAGCACUGCAAUUCAAGACUGGUUAACUUCAAGAAUUGCGUUCGAGUUGAUGAAGCAAGGUGCUAUGAUGACUGUGUUAAGCACGCUUUUGGCUGCAUUGGCAUGGCCAGCUACAUUACUUACUGCUACUGAUUUCAUAGACAGCAAGUGGUCAAUUGCAGUGGACAGGUCAGACAAGGCGGGUGAGAUUCUCGCUGAAGAAGUUUUAUUGAAGGGAUUGCAGGGAAACAGGCCUGUCACACUGGUAGGUUUCUCAUUAGGGGCGCGGGUAAUUUUCAAAUGUCUACAGAUUUUGGCCAAAUCAGAAGAUAAUGUUGGAAUAGUAGAAAGGGUUGUUCUUCUGGGAGCACCACUUUCAAUCAACAAUGAAAAUUGGAAGGCUGUUAGAACAGUGGUUUCUGGGAGAUUUGUGAAUUGUUAUUCUACUAGCGAUUGGACACUUGGAAUUGCUUUUCGAGCCAGCCUACUUACUCAAGGAUUAGCUGGAAUUCAAUCUGUUGAGGUCCCUGGAAUUGAGAAUGUCGACGUUACAGAACUUAUUGAUGGUCACUCGGCCUAUCUUUGGAAGACAAGAGCAAUCUUAGAGCAUCUUGAAAUGGACACCUACUAUCCCGUUUUCAAGAGCUUAAACUUUCCUACUACCGAUGUACCCGAGGAAGUAAAGGGCUCAGCAACCUAGUUCUUCAAUGUAUUUACCCCCAACAUCCCACUGAGAAUCACAUCCUUCUUAACUACCUUAGAACUAUUUCAAACCCUUUGAUGCUGUUAAACACAAAAUAUAAGUCAAUUCAAAUCUGCUUUGUAUUUGAUCAACAUUUUGUUGAAUCCUAUAAAUGUAAUAGAGAGAACCUGUGAGAUGUGUUUUGUUACUUGUACACAGCAUAAUAAACAGAUUAACCCGUAUAGAAGAAACAAAGUGAAUGGAUUGUUAAAUUUUUCCCUCC